AUGCAACAAUGUGCUACAGAGGGUGAAAAGGUGACAAUAGAUGAGUCUAGUGAGUUUGUCGUGAUUAGUAAAAAUGAUUGCAAUCAUAUGCGGUACAUCAUUGCGUUGGCGGAGAGAAGGCUCCAGAAUUAUAAAAGGGCUGAAAGUAUUUGUAUGGAAAUUCUCGCCUCGGAUCACUCAAACUGUGAUGCCUUGGAGUCUCUUAUUGAGCUAUACACAGGCACUGAACGUCCUGACAAGCUUCGUGAGUUAUUUGACAAAAUUCAAGUUUGGACUAAUAAGGAGGAAAUGAAACCAAAUCAGACUGAAAAAGCUGUGAAAGUUUGA